AUGGAUAAUUUGGCAGAAGACCAGAAAGAAAAACUAAGACAGUUUACGGUGAGCACCUUGUUUGAAAACUUUUACAAACAAUUUUUUAAUGUUCAGGAAUUCACUCAAGUUCAUGAUUACAAUGUUGCCGUCGGAACACUGGCUUCGUUGGAUUGGAAUCUCGAGCAGGCUAUUGAGGCUCAUUUGAUGCAAGAUAAUGCAGAUAUUCAAGACGACCCAGAGAUCAUAGAGGCUUUCCCACAGGGAAAUAGCAAUCAGACUGCUUCCAGCAGUGGGCCGGAAAUUAUCGAUAUCGAGUAAGUUCUUUUCGAUUUUUGAGAUAGGCUGGCAAAUAGUGCGCACCAUUCACUUGUGUAGAAGACGAACACCCUCUGGGUGUCCUGUGCGGAGUGCUCUCCAGUCACUCCCUCCCCCCUUUGUGUAUUGCGUACACCCUCCGUCCAAUCGAUGUUACCCUUUCUCGUGACUUGCCUAUUCAUCUAUUCAUCUCUUGAUUCUUUCAGAGACGAAGAUAUGCCGUCGGCUCGUGGACGUCGUCGUCGUGUGAGAAACCAAGAAGAGACGGUCGAUAACCAGGUGAAAAGACUGCGGGUGUGUGGUGAUACCUGGCUUAUUAGGGAACACCUAGUGCUAGCUUCAGCAGUUUUUCUAACAAUAUUUCAAGAAACGUUAUUUAUUUAUUUUUUUAAAAUCAAGCUUGACACAAUGAUGACAAAACUCACCGACUUCUCGAAUUCACGAUCAAGCACCUCUGCAUUACAGAUCGAUGAUGACGAACGCCCGGAAGGGAAUAACGAGCCAACAAGGAGAGGAUCGGCUAUUCCACGUUACGGAAGUAGGAUUUUUGUUUCGAGCUGUGAUGAACUAAUGCAACGAUCGCAAUCACGAAAUAUUAUGCGACACAGUCGUUUUGUGACGUAUUUCGUGGAAUGACCGAUUGCCUAAUCUUCUCUCUGAGCUCUUUCUCAUUUAAAAAAUGUGACUUGUUUUUCGUAAACAGAUUUUUUCAGGAAGAGCGCCAGAAGCCAGCGCUAUGCCAAUCGCUUCUUCUGCUCCGUCUUCUCGUCGUCGAGGCCCUUCUGGCUCUUCGGUUCCGCUUGCUCCCCAACGUCAACAAGUUUCUCAACCAGCGCAUGCUGAAAAUCAUGGAAUCCACGUUUAUAACAUUGAUAGUGAUGAUGAUGACAUGAACGUCAUUUAUGAUGACGACGAUGACGAUCACGCUCCUGCGCUAGAAGCCCAGUCUGUAAGUACAGUUAAAAAUGUCGUCAUUCUUUGGGUAUUGAGUGCAUUCACGGCGCUGGAAUUUGACGUUAACAUUUUUCCGAAUUGUUCUUGCUUGGAAACAAAUGUAUUCUUUCGUCCGUGACUUUUGGAGCAGUCUUCUCCCUUGGCACAAUGCUGAUCCUCAGCCUCAACAGGUCAAAAAUGCAAUAAAUUUAUGGACUUAAAAACAUUUAAAGCUGUUUAACGUUAUUAUCAUUUUUAGGUCUUGAGAUCUACAAAUGGAAGAGUUCCGAUGAUUCCGGAUGGAUAUACAUCGGUCCCAGAUGCGCUGCGCAAUUUUGUUUCGAUCUUCAGUGCUCGAUUUUGCUCGACUCCUUCCACUCAGGCGUUCAUGCCACCUUUUUACACUGACAGUCUUCCUAAUGCGCUGAAAGAGGCUUUCGAACAGCCAAACACGGAGCUCCGUCGCCCUUUGGUGUUCUAUAUCAAUCAUGACAGAAGUAUCGCAUCAAACAUUUUCGCAUCACAAGUACUGUGCAGUGAGGCAGUUUCAUCACUUAUUCGUCAUCAGUAUGUUCUCUUCCCGUGGGAUAUCACUUCAGAGUAAGUUCAUUUUAAAAAAACAAUAGAAAUAAGUGUUUCUCCUCGUCAGAUCCAACUUGGUCCACUUCACGGAGUUCCUUCAAGCUGCCAGCAUUGGUGAUAUCCGUAGCUUAAUCACUCGUUUGGCCAUGAGCAAAGUUGAGGCAUUCCCUCUGAUGGUCAUUCUUGUUCGUGAGCGUAACACUUACCGCCUUGUUGACUACUGUAAGGGCACGGACACCUGCGAGCAAGUUGUAGAGAAACUGUGCCAAGGAGUAGAAGAGUACACGACGAUCCGUUUAAACGAAGCUAAUGAAAGACGCGAACGACAGGAGAGAGAAGCUAUUCGCAGCCAGCAAGAGGCCGAGUAUCAAGCUUCUCUUGUUGCGGACCGUGCCAGAAUUGAAGCGAAACAACGAGAGAUCGAAGAGCAGCGUAUUGAGGAGGAAAAGAAACAAAGAGCCGAAGAAGAAGAAGCUGUGCGCAGACAACUUGUCGCUUCGACUUUGCCGUCGGAACCAGCAGCGACGGAGACGGAUGUUCUGAAUGUUAAAUUCCGAUUGCCGGAAGGGGGACAAGUGAGCUGAUGUUUUUCCCAAAAAAUUAUUUUUAGGAGAUCUCGAAAAGGUUAUGGAGUAGAUCGUUUUUUUUUCGUUCUUUACGUCAUUUUUCCAAUACCGUAUCUACCGUAUCAUCAAAAAGCAUCCACUGCAUACCUCCGAAAAAUCCCCCAUUUCUUCUUCGAUUUUUCACUUUUUCGUGUUCGCUUCAUCAUGAUGAUUUGUCUAUUUUGCAGGACAUGCGAAGAUUCCGCAAGGACGAGUCGAUCCAGACUUUAAUUGAUUAUCUCUCAUCAAAGGGAUUCGCUCCCAAUAAGUUCAAAUACUUCAACUCGGAUUUUCCGAAAAAGGAGAUCACGAAACACUUCGAUUUGGCCAAGAAGUUCACGGAAGCAAAGUGGCCAGCACGUGAGCAGGUGUUCGUCGAAGAAAUCUGA